UGCCUGAGCUGAAGCUCAAGCAAGAGUGUAUUACAAGGUAGAACUCCACCUUUCACAUGCUAAAACGGAUCCUGGAGUCCAAGGAUGCAGUCAUCUCUACCCUGGCUGUGAUAAAUGCACCCAUUGAUCCUCUGAGCCAAGAGGAAUGGGAGAUACUGCAGGAGGCAUGCACUGUUCUGGAGCCAUUUGAGCAGGUCACUGUGGAGAUCAGUGCAGACAGAUUCAAGAAGCUGGCCUUCACUGACAAUAGAGCGGUUGAUGAAGCUCUUCAAAGAAUAACUGCAGCAGCAGCAAGAGCCAGCCAGACAACUCCACUGCCAGGGGGCCAAGAGGGAGAAAAGGGAGCAGAGCAACAAGAAGAAGAGCCACAAGCAUCUGCUGUUUGGAAGUUCUUUGAAGAACGAGUAACUGGAAGCACUACAAGACGGAAUCCUUCAUCAGAUGCAAUUCUGGAAGUGAGAUCCUAUCUUGAGGAGCCCCUUUUCCAGAGAAGUGCAAAUCCUUUGAGCUGGUGGGAGGCCAAGGAUUCACUGUACCCACAUCUUACACAUGUGAUGACACGGAGGCUGUGUGUUGUCGCAACAUCUGUCCCCUCAGAAAGAAUCUUUUCCAAAACAGGGCAAAUGUUAACAGAAAGGAGAAACAGGAUCAACCCCUCAAAGCUGAGGCACUUGGUUUUUCUUAAUGCCAAUCUUCACUAAAGACAAAUUAAAACUUUUACCUGG